AUGGCCUUGAUUCACAAAUUCUUGAAUUAUUCUGAGGAGCAACUUAAACGCAUGAUGCGAAUCUUAACUUCUAAUUACUUUGAAUUCACAAGCAAAGUCCCUAAAGAUACCAAUAACUCUCCUCAAAGGUUCAUCCAGCAAUCCUUGUUCUAUAAAUCAAGUUGCCUAGUUUCAAUUGAAGCUGAAGAUAUUAGUAAUACUGGAAAUCACAUUGGAUGUCUUAAGAUUGUAAAUUACGAUAAUAAUAAUACUGAAAUAAAUCAUACUCCUCUUUCUUCUCUUGACAAAGCCGAUUAUGCAACAAUUAAACAUUUUCCUCUGUUAACAUUUUCCCACCUAACGGUUGUUAAUCACAGGGCUUAG